CAGCAGCGACCACUAACAUCCCCGCGCUGCCCAACAAUCCCUGCCUGCCGGCGCAGGAGAUACAUCAAAUCCACCCGCUCACACGAAACGCACUUUUCGACCCAGAGAACCGCCCAGGCUUUGCAGCUUUGACUCGUCUUUUUUUUAUUUUUGUUUUCUAAAACGGCUGCGCGCAAAGCUGUAUCCCCAUGCCCAAGAGGUGACAAUCGCGGCCAUGGAACGCGGCGGGUCCAGCGCUUCGCGGCCCCUCUUUCCCCAAGGGCCCAGCUUCACGCUCGACGACUUCUCUAGCAAGGACUUCAUCGUCAGCGACUUUGUCGACUCGCUCGCCGAAGCUGCCCUUCCCGUGAGCCGCCGCUCCGGUCCGGCGCAGCAUGCCUUCGAUCCCAAGCCGUUGAUCCGGGGCUUUGAGAGUGCUCUGAGUCGGCUGAGCGUUCUUUCAGAAGAGCUGCAAGAGAAAGAGUCGGAGCUCCUGUCGCAGGUCCGCCGCGCCGAGAUUCAACAUGACCAGACUCUCGAGACCCUCGGCCGCAAGCUCGACCAGUCCAUGGCCCAGUUCGAGGCUCUCGACUUGACUCUCAACAACCCCGGGCCUACCGCCAAUGGAAACACCCGCGCUGACGGAGGCGGCAACAUUGCCGUGCAGAUUGGCGAGAAGCUCGAGGAGCUCGAUCGGAAACGGAGGAAGGCGCAGGACGCCAACUUCCUGAUCCAAUGUUGGAUGGAGGUGACCGAAACGGGCCAGCUGACCUCCCUCGAGGAGAUACAGCGCCAGGGUGGCGCCGAGAACAAGGUGCGGUGCGCCGUCAUUGCCCGCCAGCUGAUGCGCAUCAGCCAGCGCCUCGAUCCGGCGUCCUGGGGGCAGGCGACUACCAACGGCUUCCGGGGAAACGGCAUCACCAACGGCGUCACAGGCACGAACCGGCGACACAACACGAGGGAGGCGCUCGAAAAGUUCUCGGAGCUGCUAGAGCAGGACCUGCUCAGGCAGUUCAACAACAGUUACCGCCGGCAGAACUUUGACGACAUGAUGGAAUGCGCAAGGGUGCUCUACGACUUCAACGGCGGCGCCAGCGUCAUCGCGGCCUUCGUCAACCAGCAUCAAUUCUUCAUCGACCGAGACCAACUGAUCACGGACGAGGUAACCAUGGAUGGGGAGACGUGGGAUCAGCUUGCAGAUCCCGACUCGGAACCGCCCGGUGUUGAGCCAAGCCUCCAGUCGCUGGUGGAUGAGGUCAGGAUCGUGAUGCAAGAAGAGUCGUUCAUCAUCAAGAGGGCGUUCCCCUACUACGAAACCGUCCUGAUCAAAUUCAUACAGCGCGUCUUCCAGCAGUCCAUCCAGCAGAGACUGGAAAUGGUCCUGGACAAGGCGACUACCAUCUCCAGCCUGGCCUUCCUGCGGUCGUUACAUUCGUCCCGCGCCUACAUCAGCGCUUUGGUCGAGGACCUGAAGACCCAUGGUCUGACCGAGCACCCGGAGCCGUGUUCGGCCCAGAUCUCACAGACACUGGACCAACAACUCGAGGAGUUGUUCGUGCCAUAUCUGGUCGGCAACUCGUACAUUGAGCGCGAGAAACGGAGCCUGGAAGAAAUGUACAAUUCCCUGCUCUUCAAGUUCACCAUCUACCACUCGAGGCGGAAGAAGGCGCCGACGGGGUUCAUGGCUGCCAUCGCACAACAGGGCACACAGCUCAUUGCCUCGGCCAAGGACGCCUACAUGGAGCGCUUGGAAUCCUCGGAUCUCACGCCAACGCAGAAACGGACCAUGCUUCGUGUCGCCGGCGUUCAGGACAGCAGCAGCAACAAGAACGAUAUCGAGGUGUCGGAGGAGGAUGGCGUCCUCAGCGUCGCCAACGCAAAGCGAAUGAUCGGCUGGCUCGCCGAGAGCGUCCGGCGCACUCUUGAGAUGGGCUCCUCGAGCGAGACGCCCAAGGACGUCAACAUCCUCCUCAACCUGCUCCUGACCACCAUGGGCCAAGUCUACGUCGAGACCGCCCUCGAUGCGGCCCUUGACCAGGCCACGUCGCAGGAGAACUCCAAGACCGAGCCCGACCUUUCCUACCUCCCCAACCUCCGUCCGGCCGUCACCAUCACCAACCUGAUGUCCCGCUUCAUCAACACCGUCCUUAUCCGCCUUGCCGAAUCCAACACCACCGUCCGCCGCAGCAUGGAAGCUCAGUCCAAGGUGGCCAUCGAGAACACGGAGCGCAAAGUGAAUGCAGUCAUCAAGUCCACACUAGACGUCGCCAUCAACUGGGUAGCCAAGCUCCUGUCACAGCAGAAAAAGGUCGACUUCCGCCCCAAAGACAACGACCUUGAGGGGCUAGUCGACUCCCUGCAGACCCCGACCUGCCAAGCCAUAUGCACCUUCCUCUCCAAGGUAGCCGCCUGCGUCCGCCAGGCGAUCGAUGGCCGCAACCUCGAGGUGUUCUCGUCCGAGCUCGCGCUGGCCGUGCACCGGCUGCUGUUUGAGCACUUCAAAAAGUUCCACGUCAACGCCACGGGCGCCCUGAUGGUGACCAAGGACAUUGCCAAGUACGUGUCGACGGUGAAGGAGUGGCCGCUCACCAAGGAGGUGGAGCAGAGCCUCGAGCUGCUGACCGAGGUGGGAUAUCUGUUCAUCAUCGGACCCGAGGCCCUCAGGGAACGGUCGCGAAACUUGGCGUCCGGCUCGGCGGGCGCGGGCGCUUCCGGAAGCGGCAAGAAGCUGGGCAAGGCCGACUUCAAGGCUUUCGUGCAGAAGCGGGAGGAUGCGUCGAGUGUUGGGGUGCAGAGCGUCUUGAGCGGGUUGUGAUUUGGGAAAGUGAGCAACAACAGAGUUCGCUUUUGACGGCUCCCUCGAUAGCGUGCUGCCGUCUUUUAGUAUGU